CGUCACAGGACCAGGUUCGUUCCCGCCCACCGAACAGCAACCCACGCCGCAAUUGGAUAGAAAUGACAAAGCCGACCCGAGGGUCGAUUGUGAUUGGCCAGUCAUUAGGUCAGUCAUCUUGACGGCGCUCUCUGCUCCGGGAGAAGCGGCGGCGGCCGACGCGAUCAUGUCGGAGCAGCCGAGCUCGGAGGCCGAGUGCGCGGUGUCGGAGCAGAGGCUGCAGAUGGCGGCCGCCGCCCUGCUGCAGCACAGCGCCCAGGCGCAGGCCCGCCUGCACUUGAUGUGGCAGCGGCAGGAGGAUCACCAUCAGCAGCAGGAGCAACUGGGCGGCAAGAUGGGCGUCAGCCGCCUCAGGCGGCAGUUCAAGGCGCACCGCCGGAGCAGCCCCCUCGGCAAGGAGGCUCACGCACAGAAACGAUUACGAGAAGCCGCAAAUGCAAACGAGGUUGAGACUGUGAGCCAGUUACUCGAAGGUGGCGCUGAUCCAUGUGUAGCUGAUGACAAAGGCAGGACUGCCCUUCAUUUUGCCUCUUGUAAUGGAAAUAGCUCAAUUGUACAGUUGUUAUUGGAUCACGGAGCAGACCCCAACCAGAAGGAUGGAUUGGGAAACACACCGUUACAUCUCGCUGCCUGUACAAACCACGUACCAGUGAUCACUACACUAUUAAGAGGAGGUGCUCGAGUGGAUGCCCUCGACCGAGCAGGAAGGACGCCGCUCCACCUUGCUCGGUCUAAGCUGAACAUCUUGCAGGACGGACAUUCACACAGUUUAGAGGCACUUCGGGCUGAGGUGAAGCAGAUCAUUCAGAUGCUGCGUGAGUACUUGGAACGACUGGGUAACCGUCAAGAAACUGAGCAGUUGGAUGAUCUUUGUACAAAACUUCAGAUGACCAACACCAAGGAAGAGGUUGAUGAAGUGGCUGAUCUCCUUUCGAGCUUCACAACCCUCAGCCUACAGAUACACAACUUAGACAAAAGGUAACUGACUCCGUUCCCAGCACUGCCAUUGUUAAAGUACGGCAGGAACCAAAGGAAGAACAAAGAUUCACGUGAGACCUGUGGAAGUGAUGAUGUGACUUGUCUUCAUCUCCAUCUUGAUCUUAGGAACUUUGCAGGAUUCUCAUUUUCAAUGCAAUAAAAAUGUUGAUGACAUUUUGGAACGAAGCUUUGAGUUUCACAGUCCACGUGUUAAUUGUGCUGGAUUUUGAAAAUAAUGUGGACAAGUGCGCCCAAAGCUGGCAGCCUUCAUAUUUCCAACACGACAUCUGCAACACCAUGCAGUAAUUUAUGAUGAAGUACAAGGAACAUUUUCCAAGUAUUUUUAUUUAAUUAUACAUGUUGAUAGUUUAACUAAGAGCUAACAAUCCCUUCAGGAGUUCACAACCUGGGGCCCGCGGACCCCCUGCUUAAUGGUAAUGGUCCAUGGCAUAAACAAAUUUGGAAACUCCUGAAUCCCUUGAAUUUAUUCUGAAUGGGCCUGUUACUGAUUUGUGUCACGAGAAGCUAUCAUUUUUAUCUGAGAUAAAAGAAUGUAAAAUUGUAAUGAUAAAUGGGUUUUCAAUGCAGAGUUUUAGCAUGUAAAAUAAAAUUCAAGAAACUUUCACAA